AUGGCCGGUCUAUCAUCGCUGUUGCGCGAAAGCGGUCGCAGCUCCAAACCCCACGACCCAAACGCUAAAUCUUUCCUCACACUACCGGCCGAGUUGCGAAACCGGAUCUAUGACCUCUUGUUCGAAUCCAAGGAGCGUAUGCGCGUCAUCUUCAGCAAAACACACAAGUCAGAAGAUGAGAUUACCGGUACUCAUUUUCGUAGCAAGACAGGAUCUGCGGUAGCGUUAUUCUCUACCUAUAAGAAGAUCCUAAAAGAAGCGGCUCCAGUACUCUACACGAGAAACACUUUCAUCCUAAGUCAAGAGAAAGCUCCCAUGCUCAGGAUCGGAUCCCAUAAAAAGGUUGGUGCCGUGGGACCUUUCCAAACAUGGAUCAGUACCAUCGGUUCAAACGCUCAGCUGCUCCGCCAUGUUACACUUGACGUGUACGCAACUUGCUAUGACGAGAACUACUUCUACCCCAGAUGGUCGGGACAGAUAGAUGAGACAGGUGUGCUGGAUGUGUUGGGAAUAUUGCAGGUGCUCUGGAGCGCCGAUCUUACGCUAGAAAUGAGCUUCAUCGUCGCCACAUGCCUGUCGGAUUCCAGCUGGGACCGAAGUUACAACGUAGCUGCCAUGACGCGCAACUUCCACGCUCUACGAGACGACCAAUUGAAUCUUCGGAGAUAUCUUCCGUUAUUAGAUGCCGUACAUCUCAAUCUCAAUGGAUCUGGUGGGCUGAUUCUGUGGUAUACAAGUGCCAACCAUGCCUCUGAAGACAAGUAUCCUCAGAUAUGGCAUGAGCCGACAUACACGAGCAAAAUUGUAUCAGGUGACGAUGAUGCGAACCGGCUGAGUAUUAUUGAGAGAAAAAGUCCGAUGACACUCAUGGGACUUCCUCAUUAUCUUUUAACAAAGAUUUGGAGCGACGUCAUCCUCCCCCCCGAGGGUAUUACCGUCGACCUUGAUACCGAAACUCACUUCAAAAACGAGGCGACGUACACAAAUCGACGCUUAUACAAGGAGUGGCGGGGCCUCUUCUUGAACCUAAACCCCUUGACGGCUAAGAUGACUACUUCUACGGUACGCAGUGACUUCUCGAAUUUUACAAAGCUUCGUCAACUACUCCGGACUGCUUUCAGUUCUACCAAUUCCACGUAUACCGACUCCACUCUUCAGCUGCAGGCUGGAUUUGAGAUGAUACUAGACUUCAGACUCGGGCAAUUGGCAGCACUUGAAGACCUGCGUGUCAGCGUGCUGAUUCUUGUCUUGGAGUCAUGCCAUGUUCCGGCUAAUUCAACGAUCAGAAUACGUUUGUGGCGACUCGAUUCAGUCUAUGUGACUGAUCAAGUGGUCAUCGGCCUUGAGCAGCUGCGUCGCAAAGUCGUGGCAGCCUUAGAAGAAUUUGUGAAGUCUGAUACUCACAAAGCGGCGCCAGAGAUAUGGAUCAACGCAGACGGACAGGUUGUAGAAGUUGUCGAAAAGCCAGCUCCGAAUCGAGAAGACCCGUUGAUGCCGAUGCCAGAAAUGGCGUCGCAAGUGGUGCGCUCUGGAAACGGGCUAUAUCAGCUUCUGGAUGCACAUCCAAGAGACUUUCGUGCCUGGCGAGAUAAUCGUACAGCGAACCACAUAGGGUGUGGCUUUGAGAAUUGUGAUCAAUUCUUCCCUUUCCAUCACUCUGCCACAGAGACUCUUCGGUACAUAGCCACGACUCUCAACGAACCUUCAGAAAAUUCGUAA